CAGCUGGUCAUUUUCCUCGAAGGGCCGUCCCUUCCCUCGGCUCCUAGAGCGAGGGGGAGGAGCUUGAGGCGAGGGGGGAGCCCCCCAUUAACCCAGGUGCCUCCAGCCCCCACGUCGCACAACGCCCCCGCCAGCCGGCUGCCUUCAGGAGCUGAGCUCCAGCGACGAGGUCGGGAAGCACCACCAAGCCUCUUCCAGGCCGGGCUGCUGCUGCUCUCGCUCCCCGGGUGAGAGCUCUUCGCUCUCGCCAGCCUUAUCCUGGCCUUUGAUCCUGGCCAGCUCUUCGAGGAUAACCCAGCAGGGUCGCCUCGACGGAGACGGGCAGGGAGGUGCUUGGACUCAACGAGCUCUCGCCGCCAGCUGCUCCCGCCCUCUGACACCAGGAGAUCCCGAGCUCGGCGUGGGCUGCUGCGCGGGGCGAAUCCUGCCUGCCGUCGGGGGAAGAGGCAGAAGGGCCCGCAGGCGCGCUCUCUUGUUGGACGGGGCCGUGGCAGAGGCGCCUCGCGCCUGAAUGGCAUAGGGGAGGCUUGCGGGAGGAUCCAGGGCCGUCUUCCGCCCCGGAGCCACCUUCAGGCGACCUCCAUGCACCUGCAGCAAGGCGCCCUUCUGAGCAUGACCGACGGCGGCUUCUCCCUCGCUGGCCACUCGGUCAGGAGCCCCGGCGGGGGAGGUAAUCCCUCCAGGCUCCAUAGCAUCGAAGCCAUUUUGGGAUUUACCAAAGAGGCCCCCCUCUUGGGCAGCUUCCAAGCCCACGAUGCCGGCGGCGGGGCCACGCCUGUGAAAGAGGCGGAGAAGAGGAGCCCCCGGGAUUGCUUCUCCAAAAUGCCAGCCGAGCAGCCUCAAGGAUUGCCUGGGCGGGAGCCGGAAGGCCCCACGGAAGAGCGCUUCGGAGAUCCCUACUGCUCCAAAGGCUCAGAGGAGUGCUUGAGCCCAGAGUUUCCCACUUGCAACAAUGGUGACGGCAAACUGUCCGAUGAAGACCAGCCCAAAAAGAAGCAUCGGAGGAAUCGGACGACCUUCACCACCUACCAGCUACAUGAACUUGAGCGAGCCUUUGAGAAAUCCCACUAUCCUGACGUUUACAGCCGAGAAGAGCUGGCUAUGAAGGUCAACCUGCCCGAAGUGAGAGUCCAGGUUUGGUUUCAGAACCGGAGAGCCAAAUGGAGGAGGCAAGAGAAGCUGGAGGUGACCUCCAUGAAGCUGCAGGAUCCCCCCAUCCUGUCGUUCAACCGCUCGCCGCAGCCCUCCACCCUUGGGAGCAUUGGGAGCAAUUUACCCCUGGAGUCAUGGCUGAACCCCCCUAUGUCCAACAGCAGCCCCCUCCAGACUUUGCCAGGGUUCGUGCCUUCCCCCCAGAGCCUCCCCAGCAGCUACACCCCUCCCUCAUUCCUAAACUCUCCCCCCAUGGGACACACCUUGCAGCCCCUGGGUGCCAUGGGGCCUCCGCCGCCUUAUCAAUGCGGGACCAACUUUGUGGACAAAUUUCCAUUGGAAGAGGUGGACCCUCGGAACACCAGCAUAGCCGCAUUGAGGAUGAAAGCAAAGGAGCACAUCCAGUCAAUUGGAAAACCCUGGCAGGCAAUCUGAAGAGGCAAAUCCCUUGCCCGUGUGAUUUACAAAGGGCCAGCCUGCAUUGCCUUUGGAAGGAGAUCUUGUCCCUUAGAUCUGUGUCGGACAGAUAGGCAAGGACUGUCGUUGUUGAGAGUGACGCCCAUGCGCACAGACCCCUGUGUGUUGUAGAAGGGACCUGAGCACUAAAGAGAAGUAAUUUUACACACAUACCCAACCCUCCAAAUGUAGGCUGUGUAUGCGCACACUCCCAUUUACUCUGCAUCCAGAGUAUCCUGCAUCCUGCCACUGCUCUGGGAAUCGGUGUGCACACAAGGUUAGCCACAAUCCAUGUCUAGGUUUCCUGUAAUUUCUUAUGAAAUACUGUGUUUUGGUCUGUUUCCCCCUCCCCCAAAAAACCAGUUUCAGAUUGAGAAAAAGAGUGACCUAGCUGUGUUUUAAGCUGGUGAUGUGUGCCCAGCCCAAGCCCCUGUGUUCUUUGUGUUCUUCCUCAUCCUCAACACAAGAUUUAGGGGUUGAUUCUCGCUUUCUUUCAUUUGUUUAAUGAUCUGAUCAUUCAAUCUCCCUGACUCAUUGGCUGGAUCACAGUAGAUGCAAAGAAAAAAAACACGGUUGUAUCCUUUCUAAGGAUGUUUUGUAACAUUAAAGCACAAAUAUUUUCUGACAGCACCUUGAGC